ACCCCCAAAUUACCCUAUAAACCGGGUCCCAUGGAUUCUGACAAAUGGCUUGGAAGGAACACGUGCCAGGACGUUACAGAAGACAAUUGUGGCUACAGGCAGUUCUCGCCAGCUCGUGUGUCAGCCCAUGGAAACUGGGUAAUAGCCGAGGGAACUGUGGAUUUUAACUGCAGGAGAUCUCGGAGAUGCCGCGGGCUUAGGGAGCGCACGAGGGCGGCGGCUGGGACUGCUGACCCGAGGCCCCGCGCGCGCGCGCGCGUUCCAGGAGGGGGCGCCCCAGCGCGAGCGCGGUGACAGUGAGCGUUAAGGUAACAACUGCCACCGCCGGAGGAUGGCUUCCAGCUUUAAGAAGCCAAACGUGGCCUCCACCAGCCACCACCAGAAAAGAAAGGUGGGGCCUAAGCCUGAACUCACCGAAGAUCAGAAGCAAGAAGUUCGCGAAGCCUUUGACCUCUUCGAUGCCGACGGAAGCGGCACCAUCGACGUGAGGGAGCUGAAGGUGGCCAUGAGAGCGCUGGGCUUCGAACCCAAGAAGGAGGAGAUGAAGAGGAUGAUCUCCGAGGUAGACAAGGAGGGCACAGGGAAGAUCAGCUUCAAUGACUUCUUGGCCGUGAUGACUCAGAAGAUGGCCGAGAAAGACACCAAAGAAGAAAUCCUGAAGGCUUUCAGGCUCUUUGAUGAUGAUGAAACCGGGAAGAUCUCUUUUAAAAACCUCAAGCGUGUGGCCAACGAGUUGGGGGAAAACCUCACUGAUGAGGAGCUGCAGGAAAUGAUUGACGAAGCCGAUCGGGAUGGAGACGGCGAAGUGAACGAGGAAGAGUUUCUUCGGAUCAUGAAAAAGACCAGCCUCUAUUAAAAUCAGUUUCUCCUGUAAGCAAGCGCAUGUAGAGAAGUCGAGUGACUUGCUGGGUUCCCUGCUUCUGUUUUGUGAAACCUUGAGUUAAAGGACAACACUGUCUCUCC